AUGGACCGACCUCCCGCGGCCAAGCGGCCUCGGUUGUCGAUGGCAUGCAACAUUUGUCGGCAGCGGAAGGUGAAAUGCGAUGCGGAGUAUCCCAAGUGUCGCAAUUGUCGGAUACGGAAUCAGAUAUGCGUGACGACUGAUCCCCAACGCCCUGGGGUGCCAGGAGUGAGAGAAUGGCUCGAGAUACCAGAGAAGAUCAAUGGGAACACAGGAACGCAGUGUGACGGAUUGCAGAGAGAGACAGCGUGUCGCCACAAUGAUCAGAACUCGCCGCCGAAUACGUCGCCUCAGCACCAACCCCAAUCGCAAGAGGGUCAGCAGCCCUCUCCAUCUGUCGAAGACAACCUGUCAGAUGAAAAGCUCAACGAAUUCUCUCCAGUGCAUCAACCGUUCGAUACAUCCCUCAAUGUGGAACGUGGAACGAAUCGGAUGAAAGUUCUGGGUGGCAGCAGCUCGCAAUGCCUCGCGAAAUCUUUAGACGUGUACUUUCAAGCGGCGCGGUUAAAGCCAGUGUCGGCUUCCUUUGGUCACGGCAUGCGGCAUGCGGAGGAGCUGGAUAUGCCGCUGACCCUAUCUCUACCAGGCCUGCCUGGCCGGGACUGUCGCGAUCGAUAUGCGCGUAUUUAUCUAGCCCGAAUCCAUCCUACCUAUCCUGUCUUCUCCCCUCACGCAUUUCGCGAAAGUAUGGAGCAGCUUGCCACAGUCGCUGAUUACAAGCACCUCCCUCGAGACAACGUUCCUAUACUCGUGCUUGUCUAUCUUGUGAUGGGAUUGGGCUCAGAUGAAGAGGCUCAAAGUGUGACGGAAGUCGGGGAGAAAUAUCUUCAAGCCGCGGCCGGGCUCGUAGCUCAUCUCGUCGCAAUACCCUAUCUGCCGACGGUGCAGGCCCUGCUCCUCCUGACAUUGAUGUAUCGAGGUCGGAACCAGGAGGGACUGGCGUGGCAAACCUUAGGCAUGGCGAUCCGCAUCGCAUACACACUGGGAAUCCACCGACCCCAGACCGGGUCCGCGCUGCCUACAUCCCAUAACUCACACGACGAGAGACACCUUCCUAGCCAGAUAUGGGCGGUUUGCUGCUGCUUGGAGAGGAUGAUGCAAUUAGGAUGUGGCCGCCCUUCCUCCAUCAGUUCCGAACACUUCAACCCCGUCGGCAGUUUAACUUGCCAGUCACCCUACCUGCAGUGGAAUCUGGGGCUAGCUGAAUACACAGGAAAUAUCAGUGAGCAUAUCUACAACUACCACCCUGGCUCGAGAAACGUGCGCCAGAUACUUCUGGAUACUGCCCGACUGGACCGGCUGCUACUCUCAUGGGCCAAUGUCAUUCCUCCCGAGCUGCGACCAGGGAACGAUAUUUUCUGUCCUGACGAGGAGUACCACAUGGCUGCGUACUUAUCCAUCCAAUUCCACGAAACUCUCAUUGCGCUUCACCGCGCGGCGCUAAUCGCCCCGACAGCGAACUUUGAUGCAGAAAUCGAGAAGCACUGCGCCGACGAACCAUCCAAAUUCAGGAUACGGAAUGGAGAAUCCAUUUGUGUGAAUAGUGCCCGUGCCAUCGCUAAGCUGAGCAUCGAGCUCUCCGAGAGAGGGACAGCCUCGCGCUUAAUCCCAGUGGGGUCCUUGCUACUCGCAUGUAUCGUCCUCGCUAUCUAUCUGAUGAAAAACCCGAAAUCCCGCCUCCAGACGAUGGACCUCGAGCUCCUAAAACUAUGUCUCGAGAACUGCAGACAGCAGCUAGCGCGCUGUAAUUCUGACCCCCGAUUCAUGGAGGGUCUAGCUGCCAUGUACGACCAAAUAGUGGCCCACCAUCGUGUAGCUUCAGCAUCUGCAGAAAGAGGACACACUCUAGCCACCAUGUAUCAACCAGACCAAUCUGCCCAGAAAGCCUCGACAUGGCCACCACGGAAUAGCAACCCACAGCCCACCGCCUCAAACAUCUCUGUACCACACAAUCAUUCAAACUAUACAAUACCCAAUAACUUCCUCACUCCUGCAACAUAUGACGAUGCCCCACCAAUGAACAACAUGGGGCAUGCAUCGUGUAGCGAAGAAGCCCAUGCUGUUUCACGAUCAGCAGAGAAUGCUGCGAGAGCGCCACUUUUCGAUUAUCUACCGGCAACAGGCAAGGAUCAGCCUCAUAGUCAGGGCGAUACGGGUCUUCACGAUACAGGGUCCCUGAUAGAUCAGUUGGCCUCUACUGGGGAUGGCUCAAAUGAGGUAGACCGACUAUUUCCCUUCGAGGGGUACAAUGUAGAGGAUUUAUGGAACUGGAUGCUGUACUUUGACGGACCACAGCCUGCAUAG